GCUGUCUCCACGACUUGACUUGAAUUCCACGCGCUCGGGUACGCCAUGGCUCCAUGACCGACGAGGAAAGGAAUCAUUUUCCAACAUGCCGCCUCACAGCCUCUCCACUGCCCCGCCGCCGCUCGUUGCCGUGGCUCCGCCUGCACGUGGCCACCUUGCGCAAGACCUGAAAGAAGGGACACAGGCCGCCCACGCCGCCGCUGAGUCCGUCCUCUUUCUCACGGAUCUUUUACGUGGUCGAAUCCCACGGGACGUUUAUCGCGUCAUGGUUGCCAUGCUAUACUAUGUAUACGAAGAACUGGAAUUGCAGUUGCGGUGCGCGGCAGCCAGCGAGGACCCUGUCGUCACAUCGGUGCACUUCCCCGUGGAACUCGAACGCUUGCCAUCGUUGGCCCAAGACCUCUCGUUCUACUACGGGUCCAACUGGAAACAGGUCAUGCCCCCCAAAACACCGGCUACCGAAGCCUACGUUGCCCGUCUGCGCCACCUCGGGACGACCGAGCCUGCGCUCUUAGUCGCGCAUGCGUACACUCGAUACUUGGGCGACUUGAGCGGCGGCCAGAUUCUGAAACGCCACGCAAUUCGCACCAUGGACUUGGCUCAUGGCCUCGGCACGGCGUUUUACGACUUCAAAAUGAUCGAGUCAUCGUACCAAUCGUUCAAAGAUAGCUACCGAAGUGCCCUUGACGCUGCCAUGGUGAGCCCUCACCUAGCCAAGCGCAUGGUGACCGAAGCGAACGUUGCGUUUGGUCUGAACAUGGCGCUCUUUCAGGAUCUGGAUGCACUUCGUGGCAUAGUGCAUGCCGCGCCACCAACAAGUACAACCAAGCACAACAAGGCAACCAGUGCGUCCGUGGGAUGUCCGUUCGCUUGCUUGGUAGGCAAGCGCACUGGCGAAACCCACCAUGCGACACGACAUGAGCGGUCCGUAGUCGCUGGUUUGAUCAUCGUCGCCGUGGCUCUCGUGGCGGCCGGGCUGUUGAGGACAAGCUCGUCAUCGUGAUGGCCCCUGACGUGUAGUUUUUAUCGUUGAUAUCCGUGUGAAUGCAGAAGAACGUGUUUGAUGGGCGA